GAUCCAUGCAGUCCAGCCCCUUUGUGGGGAAACUUGGUGGAUUUUCACGUUGAAAUUAUGCGCGUGACUUUUCUUUUUGUGGAGGUUGUUAUGACCCCGCGUGCUGCGGGGUUAUCGCAGCUGAAUGUCACUCCUGACGUGAGACAAUUGUUCACAUAUCUCCACAGAUCGGGGAUUAAAGAGGCUAAGAGAGGAUGUACCAGAAACCUCUCUGACUUUAGCUUGAGGUUUUAAUACAUUUUAAAGUUAUUUUUAAUAACUUUUCUAAUUCCUCGUUAAAUCAGCAGAUCUUCUUUAACUUUGCUCGGAUUUCUGAACCUGACGCUAAUAGGAGCCACAGAGACAGUGUGUCAUUAGGCUCAUGUCAUUUCCCAUUAAGAGAGGCUUGUGAGUGGAGACCGCCCCAGACUCCGCCGCUGCUGCUGCCGCAUCCCAACUCAAAUCCUGGUUUUCAUUCACACACACUUUUCCCACCGGGCGGGAUGGAGGCGCUUCAGCCAGCGCGCAGAGCCAACAGAGGACGCGUCCGCACCACGGCACACAUGGCCGCGAACUGGUGGCGAACAGUUUCCACUUCCAUCUGGAUAAUAUCUCUAGUUUCAAGCGCGAGGACGAGGAAUUAUUCUCCCAAUGAAGUGACCCUGCUGGAUACCAGGACAGUGCCAGGAGAGCUGAAAUGGGCAGCCAGUCCUUCAGAGGGAGGGUGGGAGGAGGUGAGCAUCAUGGAUGAGAAGAACAUUCCUAUCAGGACAUACCAGGUGUGUAACGUCCUAGAACCCAAUCAGAACAACUGGCUGCGGACGGAUUGGAUACCUCGGUCCGGUGCUCAGCGGGUUUACGUUGAAGUCAAGUUCACUUUGAGAGACUGCAACAGCCUCCCGGGAGUCACCGGCACCUGUAAGGAGACAUUCAAUCUGUACUACCACGAGUCAAACGAAGACAGAGAGAGCUACAUCAAAGAGAGCAGCUUCAUUAAGGUGGACACUGUGGCAGCAGACGAGAGCUUCACCCAGGUGGACGUCGGAGACCGCAUCAUGAAGCUGAACACGGAGGUGCGAGAUGUAAAAGUCACAACGCGGAAGGGCUUCUACCUGGCCUUUCAGGACGUGGGCGCCUGCAUCGCUUUGGUUUCGGUCCGAGUUUUCUAUAAAACCUGCCCGCUCACUGUCAGAAAUCUGGCCACGUUUCCCGACACGGUCACAGGUGCUGACACGUCCUCCUUGGUGGAGGUCAGAGGGUCAUGUGUGAACCAAUCAGAAGAAAGGGAGGAGCCUAAAAUGUACUGUGGUGCUGAUGGGGAGUGGUUGGUUCCUAUUGGGGGAUGUCUGUGCAAACCAGGAUAUGAAGAGAAGAGUGGAACGUGUAAAGCCUGUUCUGCUGGUUUUUAUAAGGCCAAGGCUUCAGAUGCCGAGUGCUCCAAGUGUCCUCUGCACAGCCAUUCGCUCAGAGACGGGGCCAAUGUGUGCGACUGCCACACGGGAUUCUUCCGUGGUGACGCUGACCCUUCGUCCAUGGCCUGUACCCAACCACCAUCCGCACCCCAGCAGCUCAUCUCUGUGGUGAACGAGACUUCGGUGGUGUUGGAGUGGGCCCCCCCUCGUCGGCUCGGAGGGAGAAGCGACACCAGUUACAGUCUGGAGUGUCUCAUCUGUCAAAGCGGAAGCCGCGCUCCAGCCGACGGUCGGGCCGCUCCGAGGAACCGCACCGUUUCCCAGCCUCAGCUUCAACAUGGCGGAGUAGGGAUGCAGUCAGACCAAGGGAUUGUGGGACCUGAAGUGCAGCUGGGCAGAGGGGUUCUCCAGAGCUGGCCCGGUUCUGACAUCAGCUCUCAGCUUUGUCUGCCCUGCGGCUCGGACGUGCUCUUCUCUCCGGACCAGACGGGCCUGCAGACCACCAGGGUGGUGGUGAGCAAGCUCAGGGCCCACACACACUACACCUUCAUUGUCCACUCGCGCAAUGGGGUUUCCCAGGUCAGUGGAGCAGGGGCAUCGCAGAGCGCAUCCGUCAGCGUCACCACCAACCAAGCAGCUCCAUCACCAGUGUCAACAAUCCAAGUCACAGAUGUCACCAGGCACAGUUUGUCAUUGUCAUGGCAACAGCCGGAGAGACCAAAUGGGGUCAUCCUGGAAUACGAGGUCAAGUUCUAUGAAAAGGAUCAGAGAGAGAGGUCAUACCGCAUAAUGAGGACUUUCCAGCGGAGUGUCGACGUCACAAGUCUCAACCCCCUCACGGUUUACGUGUUCCACGUGCGUGCUCGCACAGCCGCCGGAUAUGGAGAUUAUAGCACUCCAUUUGAAUUCUCCACUAAUUCAGAUCCCUUCCCUCUGAUUGGUGAAGGUGUUAACUCCGCCUUCCUGCUGUUGUCCAUCAGCGCCGUUGGAAUUUUACUCCUCAUUUCUGCUGCAGUUUUCAUCAUUAGCCGCAGGAGGAGCAAGUACAGUAAAACAAAGCAGGACUCGGAGGAGGAGAAGCAUCUAAACCCCGGAGUCAAAAUCUACGUGGAUCCGUUUACAUAUGAAGACCCGGAUCAGGCCAUCCACGAGUUCGCCAAAGAGAUUGAUGUCAGCAGUAUUCAUAUCGAGAAGGUUAUUGGCAUAGGAGAAUUUGGAGAGGUGUGCAGUGGCCGGUUGCGCAUGCAGGGGAAGAGGGAGAUCUACGUGGCCAUCAAGAGUCUGAAGGUGGGGUACUCUGACAAACAGAGGAGGGACUUCCUGUCCGAGGCGUCCAUCAUGGGACAGUUUGACCACCCCAACAUCAUCAGGCUGGAGGGCGUCGUCACGCGAUGCAAACCGUUGAUGAUCAUUACUGAAUACAUGGAAAAUGGGUCUCUUGAUGCAUUCCUUCGAAAACACGACGGCCAGUUCACGGUGAUCCAGCUGGUGGGCAUGCUGCGCGGCAUCGCCUCAGGUAUGAAGUACCUGUCAGACAUGAGCUACGUUCACAGAGACCUGGCUGCCCGAAACAUCCUGGUCAACAGCAACUUGGUGUGUAAGGUGUCGGACUUCGGCCUGAGUCGAGUUCUGGAGGACGACCCCGAGGCGGCGUACACAACGAGGGAAGCCACAGGCUCCUAUCUGUCCCCUGGAGGGAAGAUCCCCAUCAGAUGGACGGCUCCAGAGGCUAUAGCCUACAGGAAGUUCACCACAGCCAGCGAUGUGUGGAGUUAUGGGAUCGUCAUGUGGGAGGUGGUUUCAUACGGAGAGAGACCCUACUGGGACAUGAACAACCAAGAUGUGAUUAAAGCGAUAGAAGAAGGCUACCGGCUGCCUGCUCCCAUGGACUGUCCUGUGGUGCUGCACCAGCUCAUGCUGGAUUGUUGGGAGAGAGAGCGAACAGAGAGACCCACCUUUAGCCAGAUACUCAACAUGUUGGAUAAACUCAUCCGCAACCCUGGAACGCUGCGCCGCACAGGAGGGGACAGACCUUCAGGUGCAAUGUUAGAGUCGAGGGUGGGCUCGGAGGUGUGUGUGUCCGUUGUACCAGAGGUGUGUGUGCCACAGUGGUCAGAGUGUGAGUGGCUGCAGUCCAUUGGGCUGGAGAUGUACAGAGACGUCCUCGCUACUGCAGGAUACACCAGCCUGGACAGUUUCCUGGCUCUCACGCACCAGGAGUUGGACAGACUUGGGAUAAUCACGCCAUCACAUCAGGACUUAAUCAUUGCUAGUGUGCAGCAGGAAAUGUUGUCUCAGAUGCAACACAUGCAACACUCGAUGGUUCCGGUCUGAGCCGGAGAACGGCUACAAACCCGUUUUUCAGAAGGAUUUCAUUUACCUCAUCUGUGCACUUUAGAGGAACUGCUCACCAGUGGAAAUCUGAGAACUGAAGGAAAAUAAAAACACAGCGGAGGAAGAAAGGAGGGAAUGAAAAGCAGCACUUUUGUGAACUUCCGUCCGGCGGAGUUUUCUAAAACCAUGGGCGAAGUGGGCGUGGCCACAGAUAGGACUAACGCCUAAUCCUGGUUCCAGCUCUGUUUUUUCAUAUCUGUUUGGUGAAGGCUGACACGUGCAUAAGCAGAAUGGCUUCCAAGGUGUUUUCUUCACGCUUCACUUGAAUUAAACGUUUUCCAUUUUGUUAAUUCCAAUUUAUGCGUGUGUGUGCGCGCGUCUGUGUGUGUGUAGCAUGAAUGCAUUCAACACGAACGUUCUCUGUGAAGAUGUCGGCUAUCUUUAGGUAAUCUUAUGCAAAUUAAAAGACGUAGUGGGAGACCCUGGACAGAAUGUAUCGUCUGAAGCUCUUACUGCUUUUGUAAGGAUUGUUUUAACAAACGGUAUGAUUUGAUUGUAUUUUUAUUCUUCUUUUAUUUUCUUAAAUUUCUAUUGUAUGAACUAUUGUUUCUGUAGAUGUUUAGAUUAGAGCUGUUGUGUCUGUACAUACGUCUCCUGUUUGAUGCUGAGAAUUAGCUACUUGAACCUUUUUGUUUAUUUAUGGUCCUUUUUUAUCGACUUUGUACAUUGUAAAAUAGAAACACCGAAGGGGUAUUGUAAUGAGUGCCAUAUUGCAUUGCAAUAAAUGCCAAACUCA